AUGCACGAGGCCAGCGGGUACAGCGCGUUCAUAUGGGCGGACGACAUCAUCCGGCAGAGGGACUCGGAAGAAAGCAGCGCGGCGGCAGGAUUAGAAGAGCAAAGUGGUGACAACAUGGAUAUCGGGGAUGGCAACAAUCACAGUGCAAAUGCAGAUGAGGCUGGGGAUGAGAGCACAAGUGUGGGCGACUGGACGUGGAAAGAGGAGCGAACGUGGACGACAGACAGGGCGCGGCGGAUCAUGCAACGGACCAGCAUGAGACUGCUGGGAUGCCAGGUCAACGUGAGCAUGUGGCGGCACAUCGCCAUCGGCAUCGCUAACCGCUACUUGAACGAGUCGUUCGGCCGGCCGGGCGGAGACGACGCCGGCGUGGGAUCGGAAGAGGGGACGGACGAGGUCGAGGACAGCCCGUGGGACUUGCAGGCGGGGCACAGCACGCGGAUAGCGGGCAUGAUCUACGCGCGAGAGCUCAUGCAGUUCGGCAGCGGUCUCGCGGCGAGGCAGCAACAGUUCCGCCGAGUCAGCCGUCAGUGGCACAGGUUUCUGGGCUUCGGCGCCGAGGAUUCGGAGUCGAAAUGGGGUCCCGCGGGCUGCAAGAGGAAAAAGACGGAGGCGUACGAAGGGCCACGGCUCGCAGCCAGGCUCCGACGGUUUGAGAAGCUGAGGAGAAUCGACUUGGAGGGCCAGCUGCGGCAGAUGACGGGUGACGACUCGGCGAUGUUCCGCGGGAACCAGAGAGAAGCGGUGCUCGCCAUCGCCAGCGGGCACACGCCGAUCGUGCAGGUGAUGGGGACGGGCGGGUGGCAAGAGCGUCUCGUUCAUGCUGCCGGCGUUCUGCUCGCCGGACGGAGUGACGGUGGUCGUGACGCCGCUGGUGGCGCUGCGGGCCGGAAGAACAACCAGGCGGCGUCCAUCAUCUUCGUCACGCCCGAGUCAGCCGUCACAAAGGGGUUCAGGGACUUCAUCGCACGGCUGGAAGGGAGGCAGGCGCUGGACCGCGUCGUCGUGGACGAAUGCCACGUCGUGCUCGAGGGGUCACGGAGCUUCCGGCCGCGGCUCAGAGAGCUCGGAGAGGCGAUUCGCGAGUUCGGCGUACAGACGAUAUGCUUGACGGCGACACUUGCGCCGACGGACGAGUAG